AUGUUACAGAGUGCAAUUUCAGCAGCGAGGAUCACCUCACAUACACCAACUUCUCUGGACACGGUCUCUGGACAAAAUGAACGUGAGGAAGCCGCAUACAACAUCUUGCAGUUGCCCAUGUCAUGCAGUAGUGAGCAGGUAGUCUUUAUACAAACUUCUCCGCCAGAUGAGCGUGUGGGAAUUGUUAAGCCGCAGCAUGAGCUCCGCAAUCUUGUUCCUGCUUCUAGCGACUGCUUCAUGCACGGACUAUUGGAACAUUACACAAAGCGUCCAACUCAGAUGGAAAGCGUUACACUUGCCGAUUUUGCCGCAUGAAGGGCAACUUAUACGCCUGAUGGAUGGCGCGGGAUUUAUUCGCAAACGUUCCCGACCAAAAGUAAUCCGCUACAGAAUGUACAACAUCCACACAGAGCUGGAGAAGUUUUAUCGCGAGGCGGUGAUGUUAUAUCAUCUGUGGAGAAAUGA